AUGCCGUUUCCGUACGCAUGGGUCAAAUUGAGCCAAUCCGGAGAUGCAGAAAGAACAGUCACUCCCCGAGCAGGUCACACCCUGACGCCUAUGUCGCAAGGUUUCUUCCUGUUUGGUGGCAUGGAUGGCAGAAGGAAUGAUCAGGGCAAUCCUGCUCCCAAUAGCGACCUUUUCAAGCUGAAGCUCGGUGCUCGAGGCGAAUAUGAGUGGUCUCCCAUUGAGCUGGAUGCAGCUUCGCAGGUUCCGCCUGCAAGAACGCUGCACUCUGCCAUCGCCACAAGCGCAGAUGAGAUCUUCAUCUGGGGAGGAAUUCACUCAGCUAUGCCGUUCCAGACGCUCCAGGAUGGGUGGAUUCUGGACACUUCCUGCAUGGAGUGGAAGAAGGUUCACUUUAAGGCUGCCCCGACAGGGAAUCGAGGGUCAGCGUCCAGGCGGAUGUCCGGACUCAUCCAGGAUCGCUCCGCUGAUGAAGCGGGAAGGAAAAAGAGCUCCUCGCUGAAACUGCGCGGCUCCAAAGCGCGUGCCUCGAUGAGUGGCAGGGCUGGCAGCAUCAGCUUCUCCAGCUUAGCGGGCGCCGCCACCCGGGCCGUGGCCGACCGAAGAGGCUCCAGCCGUACGAUGGCCGCCGGUGGCGGUGGUGGCGGUGCCGGGUCGAGCAAGAAAUGGCAUGGCAUCCUCCAGAAGAAGAUGGGGAUGAUGCUCAGUGGUACUCAGGGCAGGGGCGGUGCCGGCGGCAGCACGAUGAAAAUGCGCAAGGCCAACGCCCCGAACCCGGGAGGGAACAUCAUGACCACCAGCGAAGAGCAGUUCCAUGAGGAGCUGGUGGCCAUGGUUUCCCAGGGACAGCGAGAUGACGGGAGUGCAUCGGAUCCGAACGCACCGCCGCCCCGGUCCAACCACACCACGAGCCUCCACGAGAACUCAGUGGUGCUUUUCGGCGGCCACGGAGGCGUUGGUUAUCAACGCAAGCCGUUCAACGAUACCUGGGUGCUGAAUCUGGACAACCAGCGAUGGACGGAGCUCGCCUGCCACGGCAAUCCGCCGCCUCCCCGUUCCGGGCAUCAGGCCUUCGCAAAGGAUGGCUGUGUGUACAUAUUCGGCGGCUGGAACAACGAGCAGCAGUUCAACGACCUGUUCAUGCUGGACAUUGAAAACAAGGACUGGUCAGACGUCGACCUUUCCUGGGGUGUGCCACGCUGGAACUGCUCUCUGCAGCUCGUGGAAGCCAUCCCAUCUUGGCGGGUCUUCGUCUUUGGCGGCACCGCCGAUGUCUACGGCGAGGGCCGCACCGGGGGCGUUUUCGACAACAAGAUCGGGGUGCUAGACAUGGGGGAGCCCAUGAGGUGGAGCGAUCCGACCCUGGACAUGAAAGGGGAGGACGCCCACCCACCGCCGCGUGAGCACUCGGCGAUCUGCUACGACCCGGAGGAGUCUCGGCUCGUGAUCUUCGGCGGCUGGGCGAACAAGUGGCUGGACGACGUGUGGCAAAUCAACGUGUCGUCCAUCGUGGGCCCGCCCUAUGCCAUUACCAAGGUAGAGCCGCCCUUGGGCCCUGUCACAGGCAACAUGAAAGUUACAGUGUACGGUGUGGGCUUCCAGUCCACAAACGGCAUGGUGAUCAUCGAGUUUUCCAGCGGCAAGCUCACGGCCACAACGCAGGGAAACGUGAUCAACGAUGAAGUUAUCGAGUGCAACACGCCCUGUGUCGCUGGAAACAUCGGGCCCAAAGAGUGCCAGGUCAAAGUGCAAAUUGGCCCUCGAGAUUUCACAACCACAGUGGCGCACUACACCUACUUCCUCAACUCCAUUGCGGAGAAGUCGCUGUGCUUCGGCCCAGGUGUGCUCCAGGAGCAGCAAGCCAACAUGGAGACUCGCUUCAUGAUCCAGGCCCGAAAUCAGCUCGGGGAGAACCGCAAGUCUGGGCGUGACGAGUUCAUGGUCACCGUGCAGCAGAAGGUUCUCAACUCUGAGGGCAAGGAGGUCUUCCGCGAUGUGUGCUUUGAGUUGAACGAUCUGAACGACGGCAAGACGGAGGUCAAGUACAUGGCCGACGAGGGCGAGUUGGUGAUCCAUGUGAAACUCAUGGACGAGAAUAACAAGCCCCGGCCGAUUCGCGGCUCGCCGUUCCGUCCAACGUUGACCAAGAUGGCAAGAAACCGAGCCAAUGAGUACUCAGGACCCGUGGUGACUGCCUGGUUGUCCUCCACGCUGAAGAGCCUGGACGAGUUCUACCAGACUACCAACACCGGCCACCAGACGAAGCUGAAGGAGGGAGACGUGAUGAACUUGAUCAAGGUCAUGAAUCACAUCAAGGACAUGUACGAUCAGGAAGACACCUUGAUUCUCCGACAGGACGAGAUUGUGGAGACGCUGUCGCAGCUCGAGCGGGAGGGCCUGCCCAGCGACAAGCAGAUGAAGCAGCUGAAGAAGAUCGGCGCCAACCUCACUCAGUUGAAGCAGGACAUCGUGGCCAAGGAGAAGGAGAUCCAGCCUAUGGUUCAGAAGGAGAGCGACUUCUACAAGAAGGCCAUUGCGGACUUCGAGAACGAGCUCAAAACGUACCAGGGCGGUCUCAAGAAGGAGGCAUACUACUUCUACAAGAGUGGGCUCGAGCUGGCACAGAAGCGCCUGCAGGAUGUGACCACGGAUUUGGACAACUUCGACAAGCGCAUGGAGGAUCUUCUGCACAUCGCCACGAACUUCAACUAUCCGGAGGAGCUCAACAACUCGAAGAAGAUCAUGCAGGCGAUGCGCGAGGAUGUAGCGAACUGCAAGGGCCUCUGGGAGUUCGAAGUCCAGCGCAUCAAGAUCACCGAGGGCUUCCUCGUGGUGCGCUGGGGCAAGGUCGUGGCCGGCGACAUGGAGGACGAGAUCAAGGCUUUGUUCAAGAAGUUGAAGGAAGUCAAGGUCGACCGCAAGUGCGACGCCUUCAUGGGGGUGCAGGACGUGGUGAAGAAGUGGACCGUGUUCUGCCCUCUCGUCGGGGAGCUGCGCGACCCCGCCAUGCGCGCAAGACACUGGGCGCAGCUGAUGGACCAGUGUGGGAAGUCCAUCACCGUGACACCUGACAUCCUCCUCCGGGAUAUGUGGAACUUGGAGUUGCACAAGAACCCGGACUUCGUGGAGGACACGGCGGACCAGGCCAAGCAAGAGAUGAAGAUGGAGAACACUCUGAAGAAGCUUCAGAAGGAGUGGGCCGAAGUUGACUUCCAGUUUGAGAGUCACCGCGGCACGGAAGUCAUGCUCAUGAAGCUGGCAGAUGACAAGUUCGAGAUGCUCGAGGAGCAUCAAGUGCAAGUGCAGAACAUGUUUGCCUCUCGGUUCCUCUCGACCUUCGAGACAGAGGUGGUCUCGUGGCAGAAGACUCUGGCGAACAUUGCGGAGGUCUCGCAGCUGCUGUCCGAAGUGCAGCGAUCGUGGGUCUUCCUGGAGAAUUUGUUCAUCUUCAGUGAUGAGGUGAAGAAAGAGCUGCCGGAGGAGAGCGACAAGUUCGUCGGCAUCGAUAUGGACGUCAAGGAGAUCCUGAUGAACGGAUUCCAGGUCAAAGCCACAAAGGACUUCUGCAAUCAAGGAAACAUCUUCCAGAAGCUGGAGAAGGUGCAGGGUGCUCUGGAGAUGUGCCAGAAGGCACUGAACGAGUUCAUGGACAGCAAGAAGCGGGCCUUCCCUCGCUUCUACUUCAUGUCCUCCAACGAUCUGCUAGAUGUGCUGAGCAACGGUAACCAGCCGGCCAAGGUGAUCCCACAGUUCCCCAAGUUCUUCAUCGCCAUCGACAGCUACACACUGGAGUUUCCGGACGGAGAGGACAACCGGCCGCACGCCGUUGGCAUGAGCGCUUGCGUCGGCAAGGAGUACGUUCCGUUCCCGGAGCCGCUGCCACUGCUCGGCAAGGUUGAGUCCUACCUGGACAAGUGCAUUGAGUGGUUCCAGAAAGCCUUGAAGUUCUUCGCCAAGCAGGACAAGGAGAAGUACUUCACUGAGGGCUGUAUGGAGGACGGCACGAAGCGAGGUGAGUUCAUUGCCAAGAGUCAGGCCGCACAGUGCGCUCUGCUGGUACAGCUCAUCACCUGGGUGAUGCUCGUGGAGACUGGCUUCCAGGGUGCUCAGGACGGCAAAGAGGAGGCCGUGAAGGAAGCCUGGGAGGAGAGCCACCGGUUGCUUCUGAGCUUGAUUGAGAAGACCAUGACGAACUUGGACAAGCCCACACGGCAGAAGAUCAUGUGUGCCAUCACUCUAGAUGCCCACAAUCGUGACGUUCAGGAGCGUCUGGUCAUGGAGAAGGUGAACACUAAGGAUGCUUUCCAGUGGCAGAGCAUGUUGAAGUGCUACUGGAAGGAGGACAUCGACGAUGCAACCAUGGAGAUCGCCGAUGCCAAGUUGCCCUAUGGCUAUGAGUACCUGGGCAACGGCCCGCGCCUGGUUGUGACGCCGCUGACGGACCGAAUCUACGUCACAGCGACCCAGGCUCUGCACUUGUGCAUGGGCUGCGCACCGGCGGGCCCUGCCGGCACCGGUAAGACAGAAUCGACGAAGGACUUGGCCAACGCGGUGGCCAAGGCCUGCUAUGUCAUCAAUGCAGCACCGGAGAUGGACUACCUGACUUUGGGUGACAUCUACAAAGGGCUCUCGGCCAGCGGCUCGUGGGGCUGCUUCGAUGAGUUCAACCGUUUGGUGCCCGAGGUGCUCUCCGUGUGCACAGUGCAGUUCAAGGCGGUCUGCGAUGCGAUCAAGGCUAAGCAGCAGCGCUUCAUGCUGCAAGGCGACGAGAUCAAUCUGAACCCGCAGGUGGGCUGCUUCAUCACCAUGAACCCGGGCUACCUGGGCCGUUCGGAGCUGCCUGAGGGUCUGAAGGCCCUCUUCCGUCCCAUUACUGUCAUGGUGCCGGACUUCAAGCUGAUCAUGGAGAACAUGUUCAUGGGUGAAGGCUUCACCGAGGCCAAAGCCUUGGGCUUGAAAUUCUCCACGCUCUAUGCACUGAACAAGGACCUGCUCUCGCAGUCGAAGAAGUAUGAUUGGGGCAUGCGCGCCAUCAAGUCCGUGCUGGUCGUGGCCGGCGGCUUCAAGCGAGCUGAUGCCAGCUUGUCCGAGCAAGCUGUGCUCAUGCGCUCCUUGCGAGACACCAACGUGGCCAAGAUCGAAGGUGACGACCUGAAAAUCUUCAUGGGCCUGUUAGCCGACCUGUUCCCAGGAAUCGACGUGCCGCGUGCCCGCGACUAUGAAAUGGAGGAAGUGCUGGUGGACGUCAUGCAGGCGGACUAUGGUUACACGCAUGAUCCGGACGGCUACCUCCUGCUGAAGAUCACGCAGCUGAUUGAGUUGCUAGGAAUCCGUCACUGCGUCUUCUUGAUGGGCAAUCCGGGAAGCUUCAAAUCCGCAAUGUGGAAAAUUCUGAAGAACGCGAAGACGCGACGGGGUGAGAAGACCACGGUCGUCGAUUUCAGUCCCAAGGCUAUUUCCACGAACGAGCUUUACGGCUUCGUGAACAUGCAGACGCGCGAGUGGAAGGAUGGAAUUAUCUCCAAGGUCAUGCGCGAUCUUGGCCAGAUUCCUGACACGCACCCGAAGUGGAUCAUGCUGGAUGGCGAUCUGGAUGCCAACUGGAUUGAGUCCAUGAACAGUGUCAUGGACGACAACCGGCUGCUGACCUUGCCCUCCAACGAGCGAAUCCCCUUGAAGGUGCACAUGAAGAUGAUCUUCGAGAUCCGAGACCUGAACUAUGCCACGCCUGCCACGGCCACACGUGCGGGUAUCGUCUGCAUGGAUGACACCUUCGGCGUCCAAUGGCGAUCCUAUGUGAAGAGCUGGAUCAAGAAGCAGGAGCAUCCGGACAACGUGAAGGAGCAGCUGUGGACAUUCUUCGAGAGGUGCGGAUCCAGCACUACGCUGUGGAUGCUCAAGAACACCAAGAUCUUGGUUCCCAUGGUCGACAUCUGUCUUAUCAGCGCUUGCUGCAGUCUCUUGGACAACCUCCUCAACCCGUCCAACUACGACUCACUGGAGUAUUGGUUCAUGUUCUGCUUCACCUCGGCCGUUGGCUUGUGCCUCUCGGAGGUGGAUGGCGUCGACUACCGCAAGAACUUCAGCAACUGGUGGAAGGGCGAGAUGAAGAAUGUCAAGUAUCCGUCCAAGGGAGGCAUCUUCGACUACUACGUCAAAGAUGCCAAGUUCGAGGAGUGGUCUUCCGCAGUGGAGAACCUCGAGUACUCCAGCGAGACGCCCAUGGGCGAAGUGACGGUCCCCACGAACGAGACCGUGGCGAUGACCUUCUUGAUGAGGGCUCUCUUCGAGCAGCAUCAUCCGGUCAUGCUGAUCGGACUCGCCGGGUGCGGAAAGACCCAGUCCUGCUUGGGCUUGCUGAAGUCGCUUCCGCCGGAUGUGUUCACCUACUAUGCCAUGAACAUGAGCUACUACACGGACUCCACAUUGCUGCAGACGAUGAUGGAGAAUCCGCUGGAGAAGAAGGCCGGCAAGCUGUAUGCACCUCCGGGAAAGCUGCAGCUCAUUUACUUCGUGGAUGACUUGAACAUGCCGGCCCUGGAUAAGUAUAACACCCAGUCAGCCAUUGAGCUGAUGAAGCAGAAGCAGGACUACGGCCAUUGGUACGAUCGAGCCAAGAUCUUGAUCAAGGACAUCGGCAACACACAGUACGCGUGCUGCAUGAAUCCUACCGCCGGCUCCUUCGUGGUCAACCAGCGGCUGCAGCGCCACUUCUGGACCUGUGCCGUUCCCUUCCCGGAGCAGUCUGCCUUGCUGACCAUUUACUCGACCUUCAUGAAGGGCCACUUUGACCGUCUGCCCUUCAAGGGCCCAGUGCAGGAGCAGGUCUCAGGCAUCAUCAAGGCUGCCCUCAGCCUGCACUCGAUGGUGGUCAGCAACUUCAGAAAGACGGCCAGCAACUUCCACUACGAGUUCAACAUCCGUCACAUGAGCGGCGUCUUCGGUGGCCUCUUGCAGGCAAAGCCCGGAGAGUUCGCGGAUGCGGAGAAGGUGGUUCUCCUUUGGAUCCAUGAAAGCGAGCGCAUCUAUGGAGACCGGCUCGUUAGUCCUUCUGAUCUGAAGAAGUACCGAGCGUUGGCAGCUGACUUGAGCAAGAAGAUGUUCGGCAAGUUCAACUUCCAGAAGUACUUCCAGGAGAAGAAUCCCGAGCCGCUGGUGUUUGCUCCUUUCUCCAAGGGCAUUCAGGAGAUGGAUGGCGGAGGUUUCUACGACAAGAUUCCGAGCACAGAGCGAUUGAGCCACCUUCUGGGUGAAGCGCUGCGCGAGCUCCUGGACGGAGGAUACGCAGCGUCUCACUCUUAUGCGGGACAGCAGCCGCAAGCAAAUUUAUCUGAUGUGAUCACAGCAUUAGCCAAGAAGGAUAUCACGUAG